AGUCCUCUGUCCAAGUAUUUUACCUAUGACACGUCACUGACACCAGUGGAGCCGGGUGAAAACUGGCUGUACAUAAUCAAAUUACAUUCCCAAGCUUUUCAAACUUUGGCGCGUCUCAGCGUGGUCACUCGGAUCAGAGAGAAAUGGCGUCCAAGGAUGAAUAUCCAACUAUCAAUUCCUCUGUUGUCCCCAAGAAAAGGAAGAAGAUUAUUGGGUUGGAUGAACUUGUGGCUGAUUUUUACAAGGAGCAAAGCAAGAAUGUUGAGAAAGAAUCUAAACGAGCAAAGGCGGCAAAAAAGAAAUUUUUACUUGAAGAACAAGAUAUGAAAGAAGCGUCUUUGUCUAAACUUGUUGAUGAGUGCCACAUACAGAUGAAUGAAAUGAGCGGGGAAGAAGAGAGCUCAGAAUGGGGCAUUCAGCUUUUUCGAGAUCAGAAAUCGCCACCUAGUCUAGUAAAUCCAGUGGAAGGUUGUGGUCUUUUGAAGUUUUUCUUGAAUAGUGAACUCAAUUCUCUGGUUGAACUUUCUUUGGAGAAUGGAGACUCUUUUAUUGAAGGAUUGCUAGUGGAUGGCUGGCUUACAAAAUUAGUUCUCACAUAUAGGCAUGUAGAAGAGUCAAUAGCUGUAUGGACGUAUAAUUUGGUGUUGUAUUCAUCGAAUGAGAAGUUGAGAACAUCAGCGUGUGACUUCUGGUGUGUGAUUCUUUCAUCCGAAAAAGAGCUUAAAAUAGAUUGGUUUCCUAACUAUUCUGAGCUAAGAAGAGCUCUUGAAGUCUAUGGAUUUCUGUUUUCUAACAUUGGAGCUGCUAAUGCCAAUUCUAGUUGUGGGGGGCCUGCUCAAAAUAUUAUAUCUUGGAUCAAGUUUGUUACUGCCGCUUGUCAAUUUAGGAGUAAGUGGUCUGUUUUUUCAACAUCAGAAGCUGAAGAGUUAGUUGAAGUCAUCAUUUGUUUCUUUUUAGACCGCCAGCUUCAAGGUCUGUCUGUUCUUUUGUGCGAAUGCACGCAAGCAGUUAUUGGUUACUUCACGGACAAGGAAUGGGAAGUCAGCUGUGAGAAAGUUGCAAAAUCUCUUGCGUGCAGAGUACCAAAGGACUUGAACUGCAUAAGAGUCGUAGAAUGCAUUUCAGGAGUCGAUGAUCGCAAUAAGCAUCUUAGAAGUGCAGUUGCUUUUGAAAUUCUUAUUGGUUUCUUUGAUUAUAAGGCUGCUCAACACGAUGAGGUCCUAAGAUUGCUUAUUGCAAUUAAUUUGAAGGACAAAAAGUGUGAUCUAUAUAAGAUGUACAUCUACUUGAUGUUGACCCAGAACUGGCUCUUGUCUGAAAAUCUUUUAGAAAACAAUGUAGUUCUGAAAGAGAUGUACGGUUUAUAUCUCCGAAACUGUUGCUGCCAGAUCAGCAGCACAGAUUUGAGGACUUUUGCAUCGAAGGUCCGCGACAAGGCCUCAUUCUUUCUACAAGGAGCCUCCAAAAUAUAGUCUACUCCAAUAUUAUUACUUCACACACCUAAGAAUAGUCACCACAAAUGAGGAGAGAAAUUAACAAGGUCUAUAAACGUAUGUGUGUAUAUUUUGGUAGUUGGAUCUCUGGUGGUUAAUCUUUAUCAUUUUCUUUGUAAAUAUGCUCUAAAUGAGGUAUCAGUGAUCAUGUUUAGGAACUACUUACAGCAAUUUGGUCUGGGAUAAUCUGUUUCGCCCAUUAUGGAAUUGUUUUGUUGUUAGAAUCCUCUGUUUAAACAUGGCCAAAUGUUUUGGGGCUUACCAUGAUGUUGGUUAUGAUAAACUUAAUCUGAAGAUAUAUGUUCUUAUUCUUAUUAUAAUUGGGUGGAGUCACUAAGAA